AUGGGCACGGAAGUACUCGUCUCGCGCUCGCCCACGCUCCUCCGCUUCACCAUCCCUCCUCAGCGCCUCUCCCUUGCAACCCUUUUCGGAAUCGUCUUCACGCUGUUCUUGAUGGCGGGUGUCGCCUACUUGUCAGCCGCAGUAGUAUCCUAUAGACUUCCCCCCCUCGACCUUUACUACACCAUUCCCAUCUGGGUCCUGCUUAUCUGGCUGCUCGCCCUCUUGCUACUGCUGCUCAUCAUGGACGAAACGGUGACCGUUGACUCUGCCACGUGUCAGCUGACCAUUCGUCGAACGGUGAUGGGGCUGACUUUGCCUUGUGGCGUGUCCACGGCUCGCACUGAUCGCAUCAGUGGCUCUGGCGUCAACUUCACCGUGGACCAUUACGAGGGCCAAUACCACUACCGCUCUCAACCAACCACGUUCUGCCAGCUCACCAUGGCGGGCGGCAGGACUCUCUCCUUCGGCUAUCACUUGUCACCACCAGAGCAGCGCUGGCUCUCCCUCCACAUCGCAUCCUUUCUGCAAGUGCCCUGGUUUUAA